AUGCGUGAGAUCGUUUCCUGCCAGGCCGGCCAGUGCGGCAACCAGAUCGGCUCUAAGUUCUGGGAGGUGAUCGCCGACGAACAUGGCGUCGAUCCGACUGGCUCUUACCAGGGCGAUUCGGAUUUGCAGCUGGAGCGCAUGAACGUGUACUUCGAUGAGUCGGCCGGAGGCCGCUACGUGCCGCGCGCCGUGCUGAUGGACCUCGAGCCGGGCACUAUGGACUCUGUCCGCGCCGGCCCGUACGGCCAGCUGUUCCGCCCGGACAACUUCGUUUUUGGCCAGUCCGGCGCUGGCAACAACUGGGCCAAGGGCCACUACACUGAGGGCGCCGAGCUGAUCGACUCCGUGCUUGAUGUGUGCCGCAAGGAGGCGGAAAGCUGCGACUGCCUGCAGGGCUUCCAGCUGUCUCACUCCCUCGGUGGCGGCACGGGCUCCGGCAUGGGCGCGCUGCUCAUUUCCAAACUGCGCGAGGAGUACCCGAACCGGAUCAUGAUGACCUUCUCGGUCAUCCCCUCCCCCCGGGGGUAG